GCAUGCGCCCGCCGGCCCCGCCCCGUCCUAUUCGGGCUCCCGCCUCUGUUCAGGACACUGGGUUCCCUAGGAUCCUCCCCAGGCUUAAUGAUUGUCCAGAAGGUGGCUAUAAAGGGAGCCUGGGAGGCUGGGUGGAGGAGGGAGCAGAAACAGCCUACCUCAGCAGAUCUGGACACUGAGAGAGCAGCAAGCAGGAGCUGUGGUCAGAGGCUCUGUGUCUUGGCCGGUAGGGCCUGCUGUCUCCCACCAUGGCAGCCCAAGGCUAUGGCUAUUACCGCACUGUGAUCUUCCUGGCCAUGUUCGGAGGCUACAGCCUGUACUACUUCAACCGCAAGACCUUCUCCUUUGUCAUGCCGUCAGUGGUGGAGGAGAUUCCUCUGGACAAGGAUGACUUAGGGCUCAUCACCAGCAGCCAGUCGGCAGCUUAUGCCAUCAGCAAGUUUGUGAGCGGAGUGCUGUCUGACCAGAUGAGUGCUCGCUGGCUCUUCUCUUCUGGGCUGCUCCUGGUUGGCCUAGUCAACAUAGUCUUUUCCUGGAGCUCCACAGUACCUGUCUUCGCUGUUCUCUGGUUCCUCAAUGGCCUGGCACAGGGGCUGGGCUGGCCCCCAUGUGGGAAGGUCCUGCGGAAGUGGUUUGAGCCAUCUCAGUUUGGCACUUGGUGGGCCAUCCUGUCAACCAGCAUGAACCUGGCUGGAGGGCUGGGCCCUAUCCUGGCAACCAUCCUUGCCCAGAGCUAUAGCUGGCGCAGCACGCUGGCCCUGUCUGGGGCACUGUGUGUGGUGGUCUCCUUCCUCUGUCUCCUCCUCAUCCACAAUGAACCUGCUGAUGUUGGACUCCGCAACCUGGACCCCACCCCCUCCAAGGGCAAGAAGGGCUCCUCAAAGGAGGAGAGUACCUUAUACGAGCUGCUGCUAUCCCCCUACCUGUGGGUGCUCUCCACUGGCUACCUUGUGGUGUUUGGAGUAAAGACCUGCUGUACUGACUGGGGCCAGUUCUUCCUUAUCCAGGAGAAAGGACAGUCAGCCCUCGUGGGUAGCUCCUACAUGAGUGCCCUGGAGGUUGGGGGCCUUGUAGGCAGCAUCGCAGCUGGCUACCUGUCAGACCGGGCCAUGGCAAAGGCAGGGCUGUCCAUCUACGGGAACCCUCGCCAUGGCCUAUUGCUGUUCAUGAUGGCUGGCAUGACAGUGUCCAUGUACCUCUUCCGGGUAACUGUGAACAGUGACUCCCCCAAGCUCUGGAUCCUGGUGUUGGGAGCUGUGUUUGGUUUUUCCUCUUAUGGUCCCAUUGCCUUGUUUGGAGUUAUAGCCAACGAGAGUGCCCCUCCCAACUUGUGUGGCACCUCCCAUGCUGUUGUGGGGCUCAUGGCCAAUGUGGGUGGCUUUCUGGCUGGGUUGCCCUUCAGCACCAUUGCCAAGCACUACAGCUGGAGCACAGCCUUCUGGGUGGCUGAAGUGAUCUGUGGAGCCAGCACAGCUGCCUUCUUCCUUCUACGAAACAUCCGCACCAAGAUGGGCCGAGUGCCCAAGAAGGCUGAGUGAAGAGAGUGCAGGCUCCAGAGCAUCCUCCCCCACCUGUGGCCUUUCCCCUGCACAGGGGUCGGGGGAAAAGAGGGAAGUGGGCUGCUCGGGCCAGCACUGAACCUUUGACUUUCCUUUUCUGCUCCUUUUCCCUCACACAAGUGGCACUGGGAGUUAUCAGUGGCUAAUGAGGUCCUGGCUCCCCAUCCUACGCUCUAUUUAAGAUAACCUUUGUUUUUGGACUCCAUUAGCUCCUAUUUCCUGACUUCAAACUGGAAACCCCUGCAGUCAGGGAAGCCUCCUAUACCCUUCUUCCUUUUCUGAGCCCUGCCCUGCCCCCAUCCCACCACCCCCAGCUGAGCUGAGGCUCCUCUUGGAGCUGCACAGCAGCAGAGGCCCAUGACUUCUGCCCUAACGCCUCUCAGCAGGGGGCAACUGCUAUUAUCAAUACCUCAGACUCCAGGGGAAGAGAGGAGGCUAUCAUUCUCAUUGGUACUCUGGGUACUGUAGGGGGGUGUGGGUGGGAGAAUAGUAAGACUUGUUAUAUAACAUUAAAACUAGAUUUGA